AGAGCAAGAACCAAAAAUGGGGUCCAAAAUGGCCUCUGCUACUCUCACUCUCUUCUUAGCCAUUGUGUGCGUAAGUGCUAACAACUACGUCUAUUCCUCUCCGCCGCCUCCUACUCCUUACGUCUACCACUCUCCGCCGCCUCCUCCGGUGGUGUACACUCCUCCUAAGGCACCCUAUCACUACGCUUCCCCUCCUCCUCCUCCUUACCACUACCCAUCGCCGCCGCCGCCGCCAACAAAGAAGCCUUACAAAUAUCCUUCUCCACCGCCGCCGGUUCACGUGUAUCCUCCUAAGGCGCCUUAUCAUUACCCGUCACCGCCGCCACCACCGAAGAAGCCUUACAAGUAUCCUUCUCCUCCGCCGCCGGUUCACCAUUACGUUCCACAUCCACCAAAGAAGCCAUACAAGUACCCAUCUCCACCACCGCCGGUCCACGUGUAUCCUCCUAAGGCACCUUACCACUACCCGUCGCCUCCGCCACCACCGAAGAAGCCUUACAAGUAUCCCUCUCCUCCGCCACCGGUUCACCCUUACGUUCCACACCCACCAAAGAAGCCAUACAAGUACCCAUCUCCACCACCACCGGUUCACGUGUACCCUCCCAAGGCACCUUACCACUACCCGUCGCCGCCGCCACCACCAAAGAAGCCUUACAAAUAUCCUUCUCCUCCUCCACCGGUUUACCAUUAUGCUCCCCAUCCGGUCUACCACUCUCCACCACCACCAAAAAUGCCGUACAAGUAUCCUUCUCCUCCACCACCGGUUCAUUAUGUUCCUCCCAAGGCUCCUUAUCACUAUGCAUCUCCUCCUCCACCACCAAAGAAGCCUUACAAGUAUCCUCCUCCUCCUCCGCCGGUUCACCAUUACGCUCCCCACCCAGUUUACCACUCACCACCACCCCCAAAGAAGCCUUACAAGUACCCAUCUCCGCCACCACCGGCUCACGUCUACCCCAAGCCGCACCCACACCCCAAGCCAUACCCACACCCACACCCACCUUACAAGUACGCGUCUCCUCCUCCACCGGUUCAUGUUUAUCCUAAACCGCACCCACACCCUAAGCCUCACCCAUACCCUCACCCUCAUCCAUACCCUAAACCGGUUUACCACUCUCCCCCUCCACCGGUUCACGUUUACCCUAAGCCGCACCCCAAGCCACACCCAUACCCACACCCCAAGCCACACCCACACCCACCUUACAAGUACGCGUCUCCUCCUCCACCGGUUCAUGUUUAUCCUAAACCACAUCCACACCCUAAGCCGCACCCAUACCCUCACCCUCAUCCAUAUCCUAAACCGAUUUACCACUCUCCUCCUCCACCGGUCCAUGUUUACCCUAAACCGCAUCCACAGCCCAAGCCCCACCCAUACCCUCACCCUCAUCCAUAUCCUAAACCGGUUUACCACUCUCCUCCUCCGCCGCCUUACAAGAAGCCUUACUACUACAAGUCUCCUCCUCCUCCUCCUCCUGUUCACAAGCCCUACAUCUACGCUUCCCCACCCCCUCCUUACCACUACUAGAUAAUUCUUGUUGUUCCUUCUCUCAUACCUCGCUUGCUCCACUUGGACCUUAGAGUCUGAGUAAAUAAAGAAAGCGAUGGACAGAACGAAGCACUUUACAAUACGGCAGAAGAGAAGACGAAGCUUGAAUGGAAGCAAAGUUUCCGCGUUUUGUCGAGACAAAAAGAAAAAAAAAAGUUGUGCUAAAUUAUUUAUUCCACAAUUUCUUUGGCUUUUGUUUUAUGAUGUAAUGUAAUGUGACAGUUGUGAGGCACUCUUUCUCUGGUCCAUCAUGUAUUUCGUCCUUUUGGGGAAAUAUUAUUAUUAGUGGUAAAAAUUAUGCAUGCAUUGUAGUUUUCAACCUGCUGCUUUUGCAGUGGGUUGAGAAACUAAUAUAUUAAUAAAAAAUAAAUAUUCGCGUUCUA